AUGCGCAUCAAUAGCCUGAUCCCGCUGGUGCUGCCUCUCGCAGCCGCUCGCUCGGUAGACUUUGAUGCAUUUGCUCGUCGUCAAUUGCCUCAUGAGCCCACUGGCGUGAAGACUAUCCACACAGCAAACAAUAUCACGAUUCGAUACAAAGAGCCCGGCAAGGAAGGUGUCUGUGAGACUACUCCGGGUGUCAAAUCAUACUCUGGCUACGUAGACCUUUCACCCACCGCGCACACCUUCUUCUGGUUCUUCGAAGCGCGUCACGAUCCCGAGAAUGCCCCUAUUACACUCUGGCUAAAUGGUGGCCCAGGAAGUGACUCGCUGAUCGGCAUGUUCGAAGAGCUGGGGCCCUGUCAUAUCAACGAGAAGCAUGAGUCUUACGUCAACCCCCAUUCGUGGAAUGAGGUCUCGAACAUGCUUUUCAUUUCCCAGCCCCUUGGCACAGGCUUCUCAUACUCCGAAGAGGGGGAGGGUUCUCUUAACCCAAUUACCGGCUCCUUUGAAGAUGCCUCCUUCGCUGGUAUCCAGGGCCGCUACCCAAUUAUCAAUGCUUCUUUGAUUGAUACUACCAAUCUCGCUGCUAAAGCUACCUGGGAAGUCCUGCAGGGAUUCCUCGGAGGCCUUCCCAAGCUGGACUCAAAGAUCAAGUCGAAGAGCUUCAAUCUGUGGACUGAGAGCUAUGGAGGACACUAUGGGCCAGCUUUCUUCGAUCACUUUUAUGAAGAGAACGAGAAGAUCGCCAAUGGCACUGUGGACGGCAUUCAACUUGAUUUCAACACUCUUGGGAUCAUAAACGGAAUCAUUGACGAGGCUAUCCAGGCUCCUCACUAUCCUGAGUUUGCACGACACAAUACUUAUGGCAUCGAAGCAGUCAACGAGACUGUGUACAACUACAUGAAGUUUGCCAACAACAUGCCCAAUGGCUGUCAGGAUUUGAUCGCGACCUGCAAAGCGACCAACCGUACCUCCCUGUCAGACUACGCCCUCUGCACAGAGGCGACUAACAUGUGUCGUGACAACGUCGAGGGUCCAUACUAUGUAUUCAGUGGCCGUGGUACCUACGAUAUCCGCCACCCUUCCAAAGACCCUACCCCCCCGAGCUACUACGUGGACUACCUAGCCAAGGACUCAGUCCUGAACGCCAUCGGCGUAGAUCUUAAUUACACCCAAUCCAACAACGAGGUCUACUUCGCCUUCCAACAAACCGGAGACUUUGUCUGGCCCAACUUCCUCGAAGACCUCGAAGACAUCCUCUCCCGCCCCGUGCGCGUUGCCCUAAUCUACGGCGACGCCGACUACAUAUGCAACUGGUUCGGCGGUCAGGCCAUCUCCCUCGCAGCUAAAUACAAGCAUAGCAAGGAGUUCCAAGCCGCCGGGUACGCGCCUUUCCUCGUUGACGGUGUGGAAUACGGCGAGACUCGCGAGUAUGGUAACUUCUCUUUCACUCGGGUGUAUGAAGCUGGCCAUGAGGUUCCCUAUUACCAGCCUAUUGCGGCGCUGCAGCUGUUUAACCGUACGCUGAAUGGAUGGGAGCUGCCGACGGGUGAGAAGAAGUUGACUCCUGGGUUUGGGUCUAGUGGGCCGGCUUCUGCGACGCAUACUCAGUCGUCGGUUGCUCUGCCAAGUUCUACUGGGUCUUCGAAAUUGUCGACUGAGAAGCAAAAGUGGUAG